GGGAGUGGGAGUGGGAUACACAUCAAAAGAGAGGAGUUUAAUGGCACUUGUUUGGAAAAUAAUUUUCCAGAUACACAUUCCUUUCCUAACCACACAAGAACCUCCUACAGCUGCUGGCUGCUUCCUUUGAUAGAUGGAUAGAAGAGCAGUCUCCAGCAUCAAUACUGAUCAAGAGUGUCCUUUGGACGACACUGAUUCCUCCUCCGCUCUCUUUAGCUACAUAAAGCAAAUGCUCAUGGAAGACGACACCCAGGAGAGUUACAGUAUUUUCCAUGAUUCCUUGGCCCUCCAACACACUGAGAGAUCAUUUUAUCAAGUUAUCACUCACAACUACCCUCCUUCAUCUUCCUCCCCCCAUCAUCAGAGUCCUGAGCAAAGUCUCUCCGUUUCCUCAAGUGAUUCUAGUAGUAGCUGCAGCACUAACAGUACUAGCAGCUCCGCCGACUCUCCCUUCAGAAGCCUUCCCCCUCUACUUCCACACUCUACUUUUCCUAUUCCUCAUAACUUUUUUUUCCACUCAAAUUCAACCCAAUCUUCAAUCAAUACUACACUUGGAUUCUUCGACAAUCCCCUCGCUGAAAUUUCUGAUUCAGCAUUUCUACAACAAUUUGAGAGAGGUGUAGACCAAGGUACCCGUUUCCUUCCUCUACACACUACUCCAUUCAAUAUUAAUGUUGACCCGAACAACACAGCCUUUUCCUCUUCUUUCACAAAGACAAAAACUCCACCUCCGCAGAUGCUAAUUAAGACAGAAGCAGAAGGAGAGCCUUUUCUGGCAGGAAGGAAACAAAGGCAGCGGGAAGAGUAUGAAGCAGAUGGAAGAAGCAGGAAGCAAUCGGCACCGUACAUGGAUGACAGUGAGCUAUCCGAAUUGUUUGAUAAAGUACUAUUAGGCACUGGCUUAGGAAAAGGGGUACCUCCUGACACAACCCAUGAAACAAUAUUAACGAACAUGUUUGAUGGAGAUGCUAGCAAAAGUGAUGAGGAAGUUGUGGAUCUUGGGACACUGUUGAUGCUAUGUGCACAAGCUGUUGCUUCCGGUAGUAGUCCUUCAUUUGCUAAGCAGUUAGUGAUGCAGAUUAAGCAGCAUUCUUCUCCAAUAGGGGAUGAGACUCAGAGGCUAGCACAUUACUUUGGAAAUGCCCUUGAAGCACGUUUGGAUGGAACGGGUUACCAGUUUUAUAGUGUUCUUCUAUCCUCCAAAAGAACUUCUGCCAAAGACAUGGUAAAAGCUUACCAUGUAUAUCUUUCAAUAUGCCCAUUUGAAAAGCUAGCAGUCAUUUUUGCCAACAAUUCAAUUUGCAACCUAAGUGAGGAUGCAAAAACAAUUCACAUCAUAGACUUUGGCAUCCGCUAUGGCUUCAAAUGGCCUGCACUUAUCAGCCGUCUAUCAAGACGCCCUGGUGGGCCACCCAAACUUCGGAUCACGGGGAUAGAUGUGCCACAACCUGGUUUAAGACCACAAGAGAGGGUGCUCGAAACAGGGCGCAGACUUGCAAAUUAUUGCAAGCGUUUCAAUCUUCCAUUUGAGUUCCAUGCUAUUGCACAGAGAUGGGACACCAUCAGAGUUGAGGACCUCAAGAUAGAAACAGACGAAUUUGUGGCUGUGAACUGCUUGUUUCAGUUUGAGCAUCUACUUGACGAGACCGUGGUGUUGAAUAAUCCCAGGGAUGCUGUUCUGAAGUUGAUUAAGAAAGCUAAUCCUGACAUAUUUGUGCAUGGCAUUGUCAAUGGAUCAUAUGAUGUACCGUUCUUUGUUUCACGUUUCCGUGAGGCUCUCUAUCAUUACUCUGCAUUGUUUAACAUGCUUGACACCAACGUUGGUCGUGAAGACCCCAUAAGGUUGAUGUAUGAGAAGGAGUUGUUUGGACGGGAGAUAAUGAACAUCAUAGCUUGUGAAGGUUGUGAGAGGGUUGAGAGGCCUCAGACAUACAAGCAAUGGCAGCUUCGGAACAUGAGAAAUGGGUUUAGGCCGCUUCCUCUGGAUCAACGAAUCAUUGACAAAUUAAAGGGUAGGUUGAGAGAUGAUGCGUACAACAAUAAUUUCUUGCUUGAGGUGGAUGGCAACUGGGUGCUACAAGGUUGGAAGGGACGAAUUCUAUAUGCUUCCUCUUGUUGGGUACCGGCAUAGCAUAGGCCUCCAACAUUAUUUAUUCCAAAUUACAAAAAUCUUGUCCUACACACAACUAUUAGUACGUCUCCUUCAAUCUCACUAGCUCAUGUUUGUUGUUUUAUAUGAUAAGGAAAAACAAAAGUUAUGUUAGUUUCUUUCAAUGUGUAGUUUGUUCAGUACUUACAUAUCUAACAAUUCAACAUAUUUAAUUGACA